AUGACAGCACUCUCUCGCCUGCUACAGAGAAGGACUGGGAAAGGAGUUUAUGGCAAUCUUCUCCAAGAGAUACGGCUCGAAGAUCCGGAAUCCUUCCGACAGUACCACCGCCUGGACAGAGAAUCCUUCGAGAGGGUGUUGGAAACGGUGGGCCCAUCGAUCCGCAAGGUUGAUACCUCAAUGCGAACGAGUAUCAGUCCCGGAGAGAGGCUUGCCAUCACGCUUAGAUUCCUAGCUACAGGUGAAACAUUUCGAAGUCUGGCAUUUCAGUUCCGGAUUGGGGAAAGAACAGUCUCAAAUAUUGUUGAUGAGACAUGCCAGGCAUUGUACAGCACAAUGAAGGAGCAGUACAUGAGGGUCCCGACAACAACAGAAGAAUGGAUGGAAAUUGCCAUGGAAUUCAACGAGAGGUGGAACUAUCCUUGUUGCAUCGGUGCAAUUGAUGGCAAACACAUUGCAAUCCAACAGCCAGAAAACAGUGGUUCAGAGUAUUUCAACUACAAACAUUUUUUCAGUGUUGUACUCUUAGCUCUUGUAAAUGCAAAUUACAAGUUCAUAUAUGUAGAUGUGGGGGCAGCUGGUCGUGCAGGAGAUGCUGGCAUAUUUGCUAACUCAGCGUUAAAGAAAGCCCUGAGUGAAAACUCUCUGAAUUUGCCACCAGCUGAAGAGAUAGAUGGAAUAUCACCAAGCAAAAUAAACUACCACAUAGUUGGUGAUGAUGCGUUCCCGCUGUCUCUAAAACUGAUGAAACCGUACCCACACAGAAAUCUGGACCAACCAAAACAAAUUUUUAACUAUCGGUUAUCCAGAGCUAGACGAGUAGUCGAGAAUGCAUUUGGCAUUCUCUCCAACAGGUUCAGGGUGUUUUUGACAACAAUCAAUCUCAGGCCUGAUAAAGUGCAACAUGUGAUUUUGGCAGCCUGUUGUUUACAUAACUAUAUGGUUGAAAACAACAAGAUUGCCUACAUCAGCAUUUGUGAUAGUGAAGACACUAACCACACCCUGACAGCUGGAUUAUGGAGGAAGGAUCACCCCUUGACAGGACAGCAGCCAACUACUGAUCGAAACCCUAAAGUUGAUGCAAAGUUACAAAGGCAGCUCCUGACUGAGUAUUUCAAUUCUGACUGUGGAGCUGUGCCAUGGCAGAAUGACAUUUUUAGUAAGUGAUGGUAUAAAGGACACAGUAUAUCAAAAGUGAGGUAGUGUAAUUUAAAUAUGAUUAAUCAAAUGUCAUCUGCCUCCUCCAAAUAUUCCCAUAAAAAUGGUUAUAGCUGCCAGCUCUUCAUCAAUACGUCUUUGUGAAUAGACACUAUACAUUUAAUAUUGUGAAUCUUUCAACUAUAGUUUUCAUGUACACAUAUAUUGCAAUUUUGUGAUCAAUAAAUAAAUUUUUGGGGAAAUACUUACCGCAUCCAAGUUUGUUAUUGAUGGCCGAGCAGCGAUGUAUGGAGCAAGAAAUUGCAGUUUUUCCAAAAGCCAUUUAGAACGUUUGGUCAAGACUUUCCUGGCACUUCCACUUGUUUGGGGUUUUCUGGCCUUUGUGUAGCUGUUUCGCAGCAAUCUUAUUUUUAUUUUCACCCACUCCACUGAAAGGGAUAAGUAAUAGUUGAAAAUGCAGUGUAUUUGUUGUGAAUAUAUCUAGCACCAUUGAACGUUUGUUUAGCAUGAAAAAUACAUUGUGACAGACAUAAAUUGUUCCUAUACUUAAUUAUUAUUAUAACAAAAGCUAAGCCCCGCCCAUCGAAAUACGUCACAUUGUUUACAAACUGCGAAGGGGCUAAUGGCAACUAAUUUUGAAGAUGAUUACAUGACAGACGAAGAUGAUGUACUCUCACUGGUCUCACUGAAGUGAUAACGUGUGGAACCACCUUGCUAAAAGCUAAUACAGGACCGUUGGAAAUCCUAACUGGUGCCCGUUAAUAUGUCUAUGGCUAGAGCCAAUCUCGUUUAGAGCAAGUACCUGUCUGGUCCAGUUUUGCUGCCAUCUCCUGGUAUGCUUGCUCGCGCUUGUCCCUGUUUUUGAAGUCGGAUGAUGUGACAUCAUAUAGACACGGAUAUUCUGGCCACAUUUCCACCAAUUUAUCCUCCAAAAUAUAGUCAUUGAAAACUUCGCCGUGUGCUGUCAUCUUGGAAUCCCGUCAGCGAAUCAUGUGAGCGAAAGACGCGUGUUGAUUGGUCAGUUGAAUUUCUGCCCUCAGCAGGUAGCUCAGGCAGCGCCGCACACGGUGAGUUUUUCACCUCGCGAGGCAAAAAAUAUCAAACGCGUUUGAUUUUCACCUCAAGACCUCGUGAGGCGGAAAACUCACGGAAAAUGAGGCGCAGACGGUGAGCUUUCUGCUGAGCAAACGGUCUCGAAUGACUUUUAGCUCAGCAGAGAGCUCUCGUGUGCGCCAGGCUUUACAUA